AAAGACUCCACUUCCCAGAAGCCUCUUGUUACCCACGCAGCCGCAGUCGUGCGCAGGCGCCGCCGGGCCAAACGGACACGUCCAUCACGUGGACAGUAGCCGGCCAAUCCGGUUUGAAUCUCAUUUUUUUCCUCUCACCCCCCCUUCAGGAGCGGUUGUGCGAUCAGAUCGAUCUAAGAUGGCGACUGUGGAACCGGAAACCACCCCUACUCCUAAUCCCCCGCCUACAGAAGAGGAGAAAACAGAAUCUAAUCAGGAGGUUGCUAACCCAGAACACUAUAUUAAACAUCCUUUACAGAACAGAUGGGCACUCUGGUUUUUUAAAAAUGAUAAAAGCAAAACUUGGCAAGCAAACCUUCGGCUGAUCUCUAAGUUUGAUACUGUUGAAGACUUUUGGGCUCUGUACAACCACAUCCAGUUGUCUAGUAAUUUAAUGCCUGGCUGUGACUACUCACUUUUUAAGGAUGGUAUUGAGCCUAUGUGGGAAGAUGAGAAAAACAAACGAGGAGGACGAUGGCUAAUUACAUUGAACAAGCAGCAGAGACGAAGUGACCUGGAUCGCUUUUGGCUAGAGACACUGCUGUGCCUUAUUGGAGAAUCUUUUGAUGACUACAGUGAUGAUGUAUGUGGAGCUGUUGUUAAUGUUAGAGCUAAAGGUGAUAAGAUAGCAAUAUGGACUACUGAAUGUGAAAACAGAGAGGCUGUUACACAUAUAGGGAGGGUAUACAAGGAAAGGUUAGGACUUCCUCCAAAGAUAGUGAUUGGUUAUCAGUCCCAUGCAGACACAGCUACUAAGAGCGGCUCCACCACUAAAAAUAGGUUUGUUGUUUAAGAAGACACCUUCUGAGUAUUCUCAUAGGAGACUGCGUCAAGCAAUCGAGAUUUGGGAGCUGAACCAAAGCCUCUUCAAAAGCAGAGUGGACUGCAUUUAAAUUUGAUUUCCAUCUAAAUGUUGCUAAGAUAUAAGAGAAGUCUCAUUCGCCUUUGUCUUGUACUUCUGUGUUCAUAUAUAUUUUUUUUAAUUUUGGCUAGAGUGUCCACUAUCCCAAUCAAAGAAUUACAGUACACAUCAUCCCCAGAAUCCAUAAGUGUGUUCCUGGCCCACUCUGUAAUAGCUUAGUAGAAUUACCAUUACAAACACAUUUUACCUAUCCACAAUAUUCAAAAAAGAACUUGCAUUUCUAUACCUUACAGGAAAAAAAUUUUGUUUAUGUUCCAUUGUAUGCAGGAGCAUAUUUUGCUGGUUUGAAAGAGUAUGAUGCAUACAGUUUUCUAGCAAUUUUCUUUGUUUCUUUUUACAGCAUUGUCUUUGCUGUACUCUUGCUGAUGGCUGCUAGAUUUUAAUUUAUUUGUUUCCCUACUUGAUAACAUUAGUGAUUCUGAUUUCAGUUUUUCAUUUGUUUUGCUUUUGUUUUUUUCCUCAUGUAACAUUGGUGAAGGAUCCAGGAAUAUGACACAAAGGUGGAAUAAACAUUAAUUUUGUGCAUUCUUUGGUAAUUUUUUUGUUUUUUUGUAACUACAAAGCUUUGCUACAAAUUUAUGCAUUUCAUUCAAAUCAGUGAUCUAUGUUUAUGUGAUUUCCUAAACAUAAUUGUGGAUUAUAAAAAAUGUAACAUCAUAAUUACAUUCCUAAUUAGAAUUAGUAUGUCUGUUUUUGUAUCUUUAUGCUGUAUUUUAACACUUUGUAUUACUUAGGUUAUUUUGCUUUGGUUAAAAAAUGGCUCAAGUAGAAAAGCGGUCCCAUUCAUAUUAAGACAGUGUACAAAACUGUAAAUAAAAUGUGUACAGUGAAUUGUCUUUUA